GGGCGGAGGGCGGCUGGGCCGGUGCUCGGGAACGCGUCGGGCCGCGGUGUGAGCCCGGGCGCGGGGCCUGAGCCGUGCCCGGAGCGCCGAGCUCGCCGUCCCCUCCCCCAGCGAACGCGGCCGAUCCGCGCUCCGUUCUGCGGGGCCUGUGCGUCAGGGUUCGGGUUUGUGCUGUGUUAUGGAUUAUAAGAAGGCCUAAAAUGCUCAAGAAAACAGAGGAGCUCCGCUGCUGCUUGCAUCCUCUCCAGACAAUGAUUUGCAAGGAACAAACAGUUCAGCGUCAUUGGGUGGGCUUGAUGUUCGCAGAAGAAUCCCUAUAAAGCUGAUCUCAAAGCAGACCAAUAAAACCAAACCUGCUCCUCGGGCUCCCAGAGCUAUGAACAGGAUGCCUGCAAAGACACAAGCUGGGGAUGAAGAAGAAUUUGAUUUUAAUGAAGAGGAGCGAUACGAAUGCAAAGGAGGUGAAAUGUUUGGAAAUCAAAGGAGAUUCCCCGGACCCAUUUUUUGGGACUAUAAGAUAAACUUGCUGGGGGAGAAGGAUGAUACGCCCGUCCAUUUCUGUGACAAGUGCGGAUUGCCCAUCAAAAUGUAUGGGCGCAUGAUACCUUGCAAGCAUGUUUUCUGCUAUGACUGUGCUAUACUACAUGAGAAGAAGGGAGACAAGAUGUGUCCUGGCUGUAAUGAACCUGUCCAGCGCAUCGAGCAGUGUGUGCGAGGGUCUCUCUUCAUGUGUAGUAUAGUCCAAGGGUGCAAGAGAACUUAUCUGUCACAGAGAGACUUACAGGCUCACAUCAACCACCGCCAUAUGAGAGCUGGGAAGCCUGUGACUCGUCCUCCUCUUGAACCCGUGCAUCCUCCCAUUGCCCCUCCGCCUGCAGAAAUCCCGGAGCGUUUCAUAAUGCCACCUGAGAAGCACCACAUGAGCCACAUUCCGCCGAAGCAGCACAUCAUGAUGCCGCCGCCUCCCUUACAGCAUGUGCCACACGAGCAUUACAACCAACCGCAUGAGGACAUCCGCCCUCCUCCUGCCGAGAUGUCCAUGGCUCCGCCGCCGCCUCGCCCGGUCACCCAGGACACCUUCCGCAUUUCUACAAGAAAACACAGCAACUUGAUAACCGUCCCUAUCCAGGAUGAUUCCAAUUCAGGUGCUCGAGAACCACCGCCACCUGCCCCAGCACCUGCUCAUCAUCAUCCCGAGUAUCAGGGCCAGCCAGUGGUAACGCACCCGCACCAUAUUAUGCCUCCGCAGCAACAUUAUGCGCCACCCCCCCCUCCACCUCCUCCAAUAAGCCAUCCUCUGCAGCAUCCUCCCCAGGCGGCAGGCACUCCUCACAUGGUGUAUAGCCAGGCUCCUCCGCCGCCAAUGACCUCUGCUCCUCCUCCGAUAACCCCUCCGCCUGGACAUAUCAUUGCCCAGAUGCCUCCAUAUAUGAAUCAUCCUCCUCCGGGACCUCCCCCUCCUCAGCACGGAGGCCCUCCUGUAAAUGUCAGUGCCCCCCCUCCCCAUCACUAUAACCCUAACUCUUUGCCACAGUUCAGUGAAGAUCAAGGAACUCUUAGUCCCCCUUUCACACAGCCAGGGGGUAUGAGUCCAGGGAUUUGGCCAGCUCCCAGAGGGCCGCCUCCCCCUCCAAGGAUGCAGGGGCCUCCUGCUCAGGCCCCUCUUGCUGGACCUCACCAUCCUGAUCAAGCCAGAUACAGACCCUAUUACCAGUGAUCUGAGCAAAUUGUAUGAGUAGAGAGUGCUAUGAAGAGGAUAAAACUAUAUACAGCAGCCUUUUAAUUAAUUAUAUGGGGGUUGUUUUGUUUUGGUUUUUUAAAUACUGUCAUUUUGACUGUAAGACGUUUUGGGGGUUUGAAUCUUUAAUGAUUUUUAAGCCUUGGCUGUAGGACUCUGACUUCAAAUAUUCUGUAGUGCUAAAAUAAGUGGCUUAGUAGACCACAGUUGCAUUUUAACUGAACUUCUGUCUAUAGUGUGGCUAAUUGUCCUAAGGUGAACGCUUGUAAUAUCACUUUCUGGAGAAAAUGAACAUGUGUUGUACCAUUCUGAAUAUUGUUUUUGUUUCAAUCCGAUGUUUAGUUUUCACUUGUGAUACAUUUUUGUUAACCUGUGUACAAUAAUUAAAUUGAACUAUGGUUGUAAAA